UGGACUCUUCAGGCCAAGUUUAUAUAUUCGACACGUCUUCUAUAUUAUGCGGCGCCCGAGCGAGCCAUCUCGGACGCACAGAAUGAAAUACAAUUGCAUGGACGUACCGACUCGCGAAGCGGACCAAUCGUCGGACAGCUCGGACGAGGAAGGACCGUGGACUGAGACCAAUCGGUACUCGGGAGACGGCAGCGAAAUGGACGACAGCGACAGCUGCGACGACAACAGACCAGAGUCUCGAUCGGAGCCGUCGCCGUCGAUGCAACAGCACGCCGAGACGGGCUACGCAAGCAUAGCUUUGAGGAAUGAAAACCGGACCAGAAGCUUAUCGCCGCACCCAUUCAGCGCGCGGCCGAAUCAGCCGAACGAUGGGAUGGUCGAUGUGAUGUUAAGCUACCUGAUGGAGCGCCACAGUUUGAUGUCGGAUGAGUUUUAUGAUCCGGAGAACGCGUUCGACCAUGAACCAGAGUUCAGACCGAUCGACCAUCGACCAUUGAACUUGGCCGACGCUCUGCUGCAGCCCAUCACGGUGAUUGUGACAAUAUUGAGUAGCAUCUUACGGGACCGGCGUAUGGACGCGGACGGACAGAGCGACGAGGAGGGCGCCCGUCUAUGUACGGUCGAAGAGGAACUGGGCGAUGGGCAACAGCAAGAGCAGGAGCAGGAUCAGGACGUGGUACGCACCGGAGAGCAGAUCGUAGAGAUGACCGUCCCGUCGUCAACCGGCGGCGACGAUGCCGAUGCUCGGGAACAGCGCAGCACUAGCAACGAUGACAAGGACGAGGGCCGUCCUGAAGCUCGUCGUGAUUGAGCGCGCGGGCACAUGUUAUCGCAGUUAUGAGAAUAAAAAUGCGUUCCGACAGUUAGUAAAAACGUACAUGGACUACGUAUUAGCGUGUUACUUAGGACCGAUGUGAGGCAAAGGUCGACCAAAUAUUAUAAUCAUUAUUCUCCUUUUCUAUAUCCUUGUAAUUUUCAAAGACACGUUCGUUUGAUUAUUAUUUCUAAUGCUGUUUGUUAAAUAGUAUUGUAUUUAGCUCUUUGUAGACCGUAGACCGUCGGUACGGUGGAAAAAUGAUAAAUACUGUUCGUUUGAAAAUUCCUCUCAUCCCGCAGUAUAACUAUUUCUAUCCAUUUCAUUAUGUAUAUUUUUUUCUUCUAUUAAAAUCAAUUG